CAACAAGAAAAGCGUCCAUUGUAGAGCAACGCACCUGUGUGAUUUGUAUUAUCCGUACCUCUGUUUAAAAGUGUAAUAAUUCUGCCGUAAGAAGCUGUUACGCCAAGCUAGCCUGUCCGUAAAACCGGAUGACGAUAAAGCGUCAACAACAUCCGCUUCCUGGAUCGUUGUGCUUUGCGGCGUCACUUGAUGCAUAGCUUCCCUCACAUGAUACCCACGCGUCCCAGACGAGUUACACUGUAAGCAGCAACCACACUUCCUCAAAAAACAACAUUGAUGUCAGACAAGCACAAAAGUUAUGGCAAUCAUGGCUCCUUCGGAUAAACAGCUGACAGGGCUGGUUGCAGCUACUUUUACUCCAUUGACCGAAGAAGGUGAAAUCAACAUAAGUGAGAUUGGACCUUAUGUUGCCUACUUGACAGAGAGGCAAGGUGUUAAAAACAUAUUUGUGAAUGGCACCACCGGAGAAAGCUUGUCUCUAUCUGUCGCAGAGAGGAAGAUCCUGGCUGAAGAGUGGUGUAAGAAAGCCAAGGGAAAAAUGGAUCAUGUGACUGUGCACGUCGGCUGCAUGAGUCUUAAAGAUACCCAAGACCUGGCUCGUCAUGCAGCAGAGAUCAAGGCUGAUUCGAUUGCAGUCAUUGCCCCCUCUUUCUUCAAGCCCAAGAAUGCACAAGAGUUGAGGGCUUACCUCAAGGCUGUGGCUUCAGUUGCCCCAAAUCUGCCUUUCUACUAUUAUCACAUCCCAUCCUUCACCGGAGUUAAUGUUCUGGUGAGAGAUCUGUUGGACGGCAUUGAGGAUCACAUUUCCUCCUUCAGAGGUGUGAAGUUCAGCAGUACUGACCUGAUGGACUUUGGCCUGUGUGCCAGCCUCAUGAAGCCUAACUGGUCUCUCAUCUAUGGCGUGGACGAGCAAUUGCUUUCAGCUCUGGUGUUGGGAGCCAAUGGAGCAGCUGGAAGCACAUAUAACUAUGUAGGAUGCCAAUUCAACAAGAUGUUGGCAGCAUUUGAGAAAGGCGAACUUAUCCAAGCCAGGACAAUACAGUUCCAGUUGCAAGAGCUUCUCGAUUUUGCCAUGAAACUCGGCUUCGAUCUGGGAGUGAAUAAGCAGCUGAUGAUCGAUGUGUCAGGCCUGAGCCUCGGGCCCCCCCGACUCCCGGUGAUGCGGUGUCCUCCUGAUGUUGCUGCGUCAGUUAAACAAAAAUAUCACAGCGUUUUUCGUCAAUGAUGUGUUCAUACUGGAUAGUUGAUAUCCCUUAACAUUUCAGCUCAGCCUUUCUGAAGGAAAUAUUUCUACUUUAAAUCAAAUCUUUGUUUGAAAAGAAUAUUUCUCAGGUUAAAGGAAAUGUUAUGUUUUAAUCUCUGUGUCUAUCAUCAAUUACUAACUCGCAUUACCUGGGGGGGGUGCAUUUUGUUUUUGCUGCAUUUAGAGAAUAAUGGACUAUCAAUAUUAAACAGGUUUAUUUCAUUAUUCUGUACUGUGUAAGCAGAAUCUCAUUUUACGAGUUUGAGUACUGUACUGUGAGGCACGCAGCAUGACAUAGAAAUAGAAAAUGAGGACCGCCGGAUAAUUCAGAGGUCAAAGCUGGCUGCGUUGCGGGUUUGACUCCAGCCUGCAGAAAAGGAUUUGGCAAUUUCAUCUGGAAUAAAUGCACUCGCAUCUGAAAAAUAUUUUUAAGAAUGAAUUGUAAUUUUAUAUAAUUUUUUUAAAUAGGCAUGAAAGCUUUGUUAUGUAAACCUGUGGGUCAGGUUUGCAUAACGUUCUGCCAUGAAUGGAAAGCUAUGGAAAGCCAUGACCUUAAACUGACCCCAUGAGACGAAAUAACGAACAUAAAAGGUGCUUUAAUGGGAACGCUGUUAUAUGAAGUGAACACUCCAAAAAGAAGGUUGUUAUAAAACGUCUUGUUAUAAGGGAGCAUAAAAACUAUUUUGACAUAUUAAAGGGACAUUUAACGUGUAAUUUUGUGCUAAUACUUUUACGUUUUUAACAACUAAACACACAUUUCUUACUAAUAAAGCCGUUGAUAAUAA